AUGAAUUCGGGUGUCCGAGCCAUUUCCGGCAACCUGAGGGACAGAAGCCGCAGCCGCGAUGGGAACCGCAAGGAUAGUCGCAGCCCCAGCAGGAGCAGGAGCCGCUCUCGGAACAAGAAGCCCGAGGACCAUGGCGUUGAUACCAUGAAGAUCACGGAUGACGAUGCCGCCUUCAUCUUGGGCAAAGGCGGCAGGACCAAGGAGAAGAUUUCCAAAGUCUCAGGUGCAGAGAUCGAGCUCUUCGAGCGCGACCUGAUUUUGGAGAUCCGUGGUCCGAAGCUGAACAGGCGACGUGCCAAGAAGUAUUGCAAGGGCGUGAUGGACCAGCGGACUGGCCCAGUCAACGUCACCCAGGAUGAUGACGAUGACGACCUGACAAUGAUCAACGUCCCGCAAGAGGCUGUUGGUUUUGUCACUGGAAGGGCUGGCAACUUCCUGCGCACCAUCGAAGAGGAGUGGAAUACCUUAAUGUUUUUCUGCGAAGUGGACGGGUCACGCGGCCGUGGGAAGGAUUAUGAAAAGCUUGCCAUCUUUGGCACUGUCCGUGCUCGUCGUGGUGCAGAGCUUAAGGUCCUCAGUGCCGUGGAGACAAAGGUGCCUGGCUACUUUGACAAGAUUCGCCACGAGGUCGUCGAUCGUGACAAGGGCAAGGGUGAGGAUGGCACCUGGGGGACUGACACGAUGACCUUCCAAGAUGACGAGCUGUCCUAUGCCCUGGGAAAGCAAGGCGGAACGAGGAAAAAGCUUGAGAAGGCGUCCGGAGCAGUUGUACAAUACGUGGGGCAGGUGGCUCUCUUCUCUGGCGAGAAGCAUCUCCGCAAAAAAGCCAAGGAGUACAUGAAGUGGCUCUUCGAUCAGCUGGAGGGUCCAGUUUAUGUGAACGGCUGGGAAGAGCGUGACGACUGCACCGUUGUAGACGUCCCCAGCGAGUGCAUCGGGUAUGUUACCGGUGCUCGACGAGCAGCGCUGGGCAACAUGGAGGAGGAGUGGGGUACGCUCAUGUUCUUCAUGAACAAGGAAGCUCAGAACGGCGGCGGCAAGGGAGCUCGAGGAGGUCGUGGCACUUCGGAGCAGCUGGCGAUCUUUGGCGCCCGCCGAGCGCGGCGGGGAGCAGAGCUCAAGAUCAUGAGCGCUGUGGAGACCAAGAGCCCGGGCGUGUUCACACGCGGCGUUCGUGAAAAAUUCAGCUCUGAGAGGGGCUUUGCGACGGACCGCUUCGUGCUGAAGGAUGAUGAGCUGAGCUAUGCGUUGGGAAAGGAGGGUGCAACGCGAAAGAAGCUGGAGCUGGCAUCUGGGUCAAUCCUUCAGUACGUCGGGCAUGUGGCUUUCAUUGCCGGUGACCUGAAGGAACGAAAGCGAUGCAAACAGUUCAUUGACUGGCUGCUAGCUCAGCGCCGUGGGUCGGUCACCGUCUCUGACGUUGCUGAUCGGGAGGACUGCACAGAGAUGCACAUUCCCGAGAACUGCAAAGGCUGGGUGACGGGCAACCGUGGCAGCGAGCUUCGCCGUGUUGAGCAGGCAACGGGCACCUUCAUGUUCAUGGCCCUGGAUCGGCACGGGGAGGAGCGAUUGCUUAUCUUCAGUGCCAAUGGUGGAUCAAAGACUGCUGACGGCGGUCGUAUGCACGCCGAGCGUCUCAUCAAUGAGAUGGUGCAGGAGAAGCUCCGCGGAGACUCCCGCGGCCGGAGCCGCUCAGAUUCCCGGCGGAGGGGUGGCGGUCGCCGCGACUCUCGGCGAAGGUCCAACAGCCGUCGUCGUUCUCCCAGCCGUCGCCGUGAUUCGCGGUCCCGGCCGGGGGCUAUGGGCUGGAAAGGGCACUUACAACAAUCACAAUGA